AUGCAGAAGCUCGUUUUUCAUGGUAUACUGGACGAUUCAAAGCGUUUGAGCGAGCUGAAACUGCCUCCUCGCGACGCGAAAUUAAUGUUGAUUGGGUCUGAACGUUCUGCCGCAGAGCAAGUUAGUGCCCUUUUUACGUCGCCUUCUCAUUCUUUUCAUAAACACUUUUUUCCUUCAUCGAAUUUCACCUCUGCUCUCGCACAGGAUGUUGCUCGUUCAUUUUAACUUUCCGUCUCAGUUCAUAAAUGGGGAUGACACCAGUGCUCCCUCCUAUCAUUACACAUAAAGUACAAUACAAAGUUUAUAUGGCGCGCCUGCCAUCCACCUGAACGUCCAUACUGUAAAAAUCGACACAGGGUUGUUCUUCAUGGUUCCAAAGUACGGCGCUCUAGGACCACCGUUAACUCCUGUGAAAUACAUUUCGACAUCGGUUGGAGCGGAAGAUGACGGACUAUAGAGUCUACACUUCAUGGUGGUCGAGCUUCAAAAAUUAUUUAUGCACAAAUAGAUCAACAAUGUGAGCCGUAGCCUCAUUUACAGUGAGUGACCGAUCCCAUGAAAUGUUAGCUGAGAUUCUGAAAUGCGUUUUCGAUUAGGAAGGAUUACUUGGUCGCGGUUGUAAUACUGAUUAUCUUGCGGCAUUAUCUUAUAAUAUUUCGGACUCGGUAGGAUGUCGGCUUUUGAAUGCACUGCUUUUCAAUCUCUCGUAGAAACCGUACCCGGUAAAAAAGACUACUUAAGUAGCCUACAUUUUUCUCAUUGACUUUCGAUGGUCUUGCAAAUUCAAAUAUACCUUAUAGAAACCAUAAACAAAAAUAGGCUUUCUUGCAGUCAAUUAAUGGAGAAUCACAUUUUCUUCAUAUUUUUUAUUCAAGGAAGGAGAAUAAUUAAGUUUUAAAGAAGUUUCUAAUUAUGAGAUUUUUUCGGACCGCGCAAUGCCCAUUCACAUAGCCCCGUACCUGGCCGUUUAGGACAGCUCCUCAUGAAAUGUACAACAUAGUCUGGAUCCAUUGCAAAAUUUUAUAAACUCUAUGGUAUCUUCCUAAAGAAAUAGAGGAAUAUAUGAUUUUCCUUACGUGGAGAACAUGCACCUUGUAAACUGAAAUCGCUAAACGCCAAUGCAAUGGCAAAUCUGGUUCAAAAUUAUUCGGGAAUUGGAAAACUUUUUAAAACCCAAUUAUACUCCCUCAUUGAAUAAUGCGUAUAAAGAAGACAUGAUUCUCUAUAAAUUGACUGAAAGAAAGCCCAUUUUGUUUAUGGUUUCUACAAGAUAUAUUUGAAUUUGCAAGACCAUCAAAAGUCAAUGAGAAAAAUGCAGGCUACUUAAGUAGUCUUAUUUUAUCGAGUACGGCUUUUACGAGAGAUUGAAAAGCAGUGUAUUCAAAAGCCGGCAUUCUACCGAGUCCAAAAUGUUAUCAGAUUAUGGCGCAAGAUAAUCAAUAUUACAACCGCGUCCAAGUAAUCCUUCCUAAUCGGAAACGCAUUUCCGAAUUUCAGUCAACAUUUCGUGAGAUAGGUCACUCACUGUAUGAGACUGGUGAGGGCUCUCUCUGUGGGUAGCUCAUAGAGUUAAUUCUCAAGCGACUACUGUCGAAAGAGACCGUCCAAGUCAUCGUUAACAGUACCAUUGUCAUCAUCUGCAGUUUUCCAAGCUGUCCAGUGGGUCACCCAGUGCCAAGUAAUACAGGAAACCAGGAAGUUUAGGAGAGAAGUCACACGAAGCUAGCUCUUUAAUGUCGUUAUUCAUACUGUCAACUGACAACGUUGAUCUCAGAGUGGCCUGUUAGUUUGUUAUUCGAGGGCUUUACGGACUUGGAGCGCGUGACCAAUCUCAUGAAAUGUUGACUGAAAUUCUGAAAUGCGUUUUCGAUUAGGAAGGAUUACUUAGGUGGGGUUGUAAUACUGAUUAUCAUGCGGCAUAAUCCUAUAUUAUUUCGGACUCACCAGGAUGUGGGCUUCCGAAUGCACAUCUUUUUGACCUCCUGCAGAAAGCACACUUGGUAAAAAAUGACUACUUAAUUAGCAUGCUUUUUCACAUUGAUUUUCGAUGGCCUUAUGAAUUCAAAUAUAUUUUAUAGAAAACAUACACAAAAAUACGAUUUAUUUUACUCGUUUGUUAUAAAAUUACAUUGUUCUCACAGUUUAUACCUGAAGAGAGUGCAUCUAGGUUUUGGGAAAUUUUCUAAAUUACCGAAUAAUUUCGAGCGUUGGCGUUUGGCGACUUCAGUCUACGAAGUGUAUGCUUUCCGCGUAAGGAAAAUCACUUAUUCCUCUACACCUUUAAGAAGAUACCAUACAGAGUUCAUGAAAUUUUGCAAUGAACGCGGACUAUAUCGUGUACUUCAUGAGGUGCAUUGGUAAACGGACAUGUGCAAUACUCAAUGUAUGGACAUCUCACGAUCUUAGAAAUCUCAUAAUUAGAAUUUUUUAAAACCGAAAGGGUAUAAAGUGUGAGGACAGUGUGAUUUCCUACCAAACGAGUAAAAUAAAUCAUAUUUUGUGCAUGUUUUCUUUAAAAUAUAUUUGAGUUCAUGCUAAUUAAGUAGUCAUUUUUUACCAAGUGUGCUUUCUGCAGGAGGUCAAAAAGAAGUGCAUUCGAAAGCCCACAUCCUAGUGAGUCCGAAAUAAUAUGGGAUUAUGCCGCAUGAUAAUCAGUACUACGACCCCACAUAAGUAAUCCUUCCUAAUCGAAAACGCCUUUCAGAAUUUCAGCCAACAUUCCAGGAGAUCGGUGACUCACUGUACUUCCUUUGCGACACUACCUCCGCAGAUCCUCAGCCUAUUUAAAACCUUAAACAGAAAUCCCAGACGUUAUUGAAAGUACCCCAACGACAGUCUUCAGUGUUUGAGCCUUACAGCGACGUUUUUCAGGAAUGCAUGAUAUUUUCAACCUAGCCUUGUAAUUCAGUUACAUGUUACAACCUUCCCUAACAUCACACCCAGCUGCUCGCAUAUGGCCGAUAUCGAAUUAGCUGCAGUUUUUCGAACGGAAUGCAGACAAUAUUGGGCGAACAAACGUAAUCAGGCUUGACAACUGCCACUUUCGAUUGCGACGAUGCCAACCGUGUGUUCCACAGCGGAGUCAGGGUAGGGACAGUGACUUGCGCGUGAAUUAGUUUAAUCUACCGCACUCUCUCUCUCCCUCUCCCGGUGUCAGUAUACCGCAGAGGGAAGGUGACUCAGGUAGCUGGCGCGGCCGGAGCCGCCCAUAGGCGUGUUACCACACCCGGCUCGCAUCCCACGAAGUGUGAGCGCCAUAGAGGCCACAUUAAGAGGGAGCCAUUGCAGUCUGACUCAUUUUUACCGGUCUGUCACUCCAUGCAAACACACACUGGGUUGACUGCAAGGCCCAUGUUAUAUCGUCAGUUAACAACUUUCCAAGCCACGGUUUUUUUGCGCACCGUGAUAGCUUCAAGCGCGUCAGAUCGUUUAUAGUGAGGAAUAUUUGUGGACACGUCGACCUCACUCCCUCUUCCCACUUCUAGGCACCUGUCCACUUUCCGAGCUGGUCAAAUGUCUGGUAACGGAAGUGGACCCUGACAGAGCUAGAGAGUUAAUCUACAUAGCGCAUAACUCCUACACGGUCUUAUUUUACCUACUUCCCGAAAACUAGCUGUCCGGGUUGGUGACGGCGCCACCCUGGUUUUUUUUGCUGUGAUCGGCGUCAGGUCCCACCAGGAGCUCCUAAAAAGUGCAGCAAAACUUCACUUUUGGAACUGCCUGCAAGUAAACGCUGCCUUCCGGGUGUUUUAAUUGUGCCCACUGGACCCGUUUGCAGCGGAUUUGUACGUAUUGUAGGCAACAUAUAUCCAAGGCUGCAGGAAAGACUGGGUAUCAGUUUUCUCAGCUGACGCUAUUUGUUUUGGCUAUAAUGCCGACCGAGUUAAGACACUUUGGGUUACGUUUGGGAUGUGCACUGUGCCCAGUGGAUGUUUGAGAGAGAGGCACCGAUUUGAAGCGUUUGAUUCUCCCAACCCUUUGGUGUGGAGCUGUCGUCGGAGACGUUUAUUUAUGCCUCAGACUCUACAUUCGGGAACGAAAUCUUUCUCUUUGUGGCAUUAACCUUAGGUUCCAGUCAUUUUGCUGAGUCCACGGAUACUAUACUAAAAGAGUAACAUCAUUUGGGUAUUCAGUAUCACGGGUUAUCAGGUCUUCUGCGCUGUCCAAAUUUUGAGUCUGCCAAACGGUAGGAGACAGUAGCAAACCUUGACUAACACCCUGUUUAACUUCAGCGACAUCUUUGUUUGCAGUGAACCCCAACUAUCUAGUGCUGUUUCCAAUGCGUGAAAAUCUACGCAGUUUAUUCGUGGGCCUUUAUUAUUCUGGUAUUUGGCGUUGGCCGUUCGACCGCGAACAGUAAACACGAAAAACGCUUAUUUCUACACAAUCCACUCAGCCUUGCUGUUGUCCCGGCGGCAGCAACUCGGGGAAAAAUGGACAUACAUAUGGACCUGGUUGUGGCUACCAGUCGUGCCCACUAGUGGUGGUUACCGGGACGACCAUCGACGCAUGUCAGCUGUCGGGUAAGUAAGCUCGUGAGUACGACGAAUUAAACAGUCACGUGUCAUGCAACAGCAAUACCUUCAGGCCACGGCUGAGCACCGAUGUACCAGAUCGCUUGCCGAUAAAAUGACUGCAGGCCAUAACAGUAUUACCAUAUGGCAAAUGCUGCCGGCCCCCAGUAAGGCUCCGUCGGCCACCGUCUGGUGCAACCCUACAGCCUUAGGUUAGUGUAUAGGAGCGGUGGAUGGAGAUGUCCAUCUUGGAAUCCAGGGCCUGCGGGUACUCCUCCCUCCGCCAAGCAUCGGCAUGCAAUCCCUGUCUGACGGCCUGCUGUUUAAUUAAGUUUUGAAUGAUCGAAGGACGUCCUCUGGCUGCAGUUGUCGGGGCCCAACGAACGAUUAUCAGUCUAACUACAACGACAGCCGUCAUCCAGAGCUGUCGCCCGGGUCGUCAUAAAACUUAAGUGGAUGGAUGGAAUCCAGAUGAGAUCAAAGUAGAAAAGGCCCUCCGUACAGUUGGCCAUUUUGUGUGGCUGUCAGCCCACCGGAAUUAAGAUCCGUCUCUAGACAUUGCAUAGACCCUAGCCUGUUUAUAUUUGCACAAGAAUGCGCACCGAUUGUGUAUUGCAAGCAAAUGCACAGCUCCAAAUCUCAAGGUAUGAUCCGUUUGAUUGCAGACUUGGAACUUCCGCUCUUAUACCUGGCUAUUCCCUUGCCCCUUUGGCGACGAAUCUCACAAAUACCUUGCAUUCUUCUGGUAGCCUUUUUCGUUUAUUUUUCUCUGAUUUGACUUGAGUCUUUCUUUGUGAAUCUAUCCUUUUAAGUUGGCAUAUAAUUACGAAAAUGGGUAAUUUGAGUAAGCCAAUCCAAUAUAUCCGUGCAUACUAGGUUCGAAAGGCGGAGCAGAAAGGACAGCCAGCGGAGGCCUCCCCUGGACCGGUUAAUGAGGACUCUGACUCAGAUUUGUCCUCCGAUGGUGAACAUCGACGCGUGCUAGAACGCUUCGGAAUGCCCGACGACGUAAUGGUCGGCAUUAUGAACUCGCAGGACCUCUUGGCUCCAGACGAGGCUCUCUCUGGCAUGUAUGACAAGCGCGGCCAGAGCCUGCGUCUCCGGUUCAAGCCUGAAACCAGCGAACUCUGGUUGGCUACCAACAGUGUGACGCACAAGGUUCCUCUGGCCACCAUCCAUGACGUGCGCAGCCAGCCUAUAAAGGAGCACCCUGAGUACCACAUCAUGGCCUUCCAACUGGGCCCCACUAAGAAGUCGCGAUUCUUCGUUUACUGGCUGCCAGCUCAGUACGUGGAGUGCAUCAAGACCAUGGUCAUGCAGCAUCGUCUCCUUCACGGAGAUCGACGCACCAGCUUUUAG